GCUUCAACACCUCCACCACCACAAUACCGCGCCAUCGCGUCUCUUUGCCGUCGCCUCCCCACACCAUGUUCUCGCCGGAUGCGACUCUCCACAGCGUGCAUGGCCCUUCUUUGCGCAACCCCAGGCGGCGGCAACGUCACGAUUCGGACAGCGCGAAGCAUCAGCCUCCGAAAAAGCGCAGCAAGCUCCCCGAUCCAUCUCUCGACCCAUCCAGCGCAUCGCCGCUAAAUGGAAAUGGCGCGUCUGGCUUGAAUGGUCACGUCAUCAAUGGCGACGAGAGACGUCGGUCAUCCUUGCGACACGAGAUUCCGGUGCGGGAGAAGAAACAAUCAACUAUUACAGCGAGGAGCAGCAAGGGAGACGGCAGCGCGCUUCUGACUAAAACUUCUAAUUAUGCCAUCAAACAACUUCCUAGCUUACCUGAGCCUCUGCGCUCGAACCCAUCUGCUAACUACCGCACUUUCGUCCUUCCCUCAACUACUUACGCCGUAGCGUUUACGCACGAACAUGCCUAUGUUUGGGAUUACACCUCGCCCAUCGCGACACCCUCAUCAUAUACCCUCCCACUGCCGUAUCCCUCCAAGCGAUCGGACCCUUUUCCUAUAGGCUCCGUUGUCAAGACCGGUCCCGCCAGCGACUUGGGCCUGGUUGUCAUCCAUCCGACUACGGGAAAGAUCAAAUUUUGGGAAAAUGUGGAUAGCGCGGAAUCGCUCAGUCUGUUCCAGCAACGCAGACAGGGAAUUGAGGGUAUUGUGGGCAACAUGCUCUCCGGGGAGUCAGUUGCGGACAUCGUCGAUGCUGGACACGCAGGUUUCAUACUACUUUUCAAUACCGGCCGUGUCGCGCAGUUAGCGGUAAGGGAUGCUCAAGGCCGGCCCCAGAUUAACGUCCAGUUUCUUCGCAGCCAAGCAACAAGCGGUAACAGCGGCUUUUUUGGUGGCCUUCGGAGCCUUGUUUCUGGUCCGGGAUGGAAUCGCGAUGUUGCAGCUGUCAAAGUUCGUCCGUCUCAGGUCAAGGGCCAGCUGGAGGUAAUAAUUGGGACGGGCUCGGGAUCCUUCCAACUAUGGGACCUAAGCUGGGCCGGUCAUCACGCUCUGAGGGGAGAAGUCAAUGCGCAGGAAGCAAUACUCGAGGCGCUGAGCAGUGGGUUCAGUCCGGAAAUGCGCAGCCAAGGAACAGCCAUAAAAAUCUUGGAUUUCGCAAUUCUUCAGGCCCCACGGAGCGAAGGAAACGAACUUAGCCCACCCGGCACCGCAGAAGGACUCGGCUUGCUCGCCUUGGUUGCGCUGACUGGGUCCGCAGGCAUCAACUAUGCGCUUGUUGAGGUGGAUUUGGUGGGAGAUACACCCAAUGUUCAGAGGAUACUUCCGCUCGACACGUUUGCCGGUGAUCACUCUCGGCAGAUGCCCGAGCAAGCAAAACUGCUGUUGCCCUCGCCUGGACACACAGCCAUGGUCGUCUUCAAUCACGCCAUCGUUUUCGCAUCGUUAGCUGACCGCAAAGAGUCUCCGGAUACGCAACUUAUGGUCGACACCGGGGCACCCUUUAAGCCAUUCCAGGACGUGGUUUAUUUCCGCAAGGAGAGGAACCUGCAAUUUGUGGGUUUUGCGCUUGAGGGGGUUACACGGAAAUCGAAGUCAUCGAGUUGUAUUAUCUUCACUAAGGGUACCGGAACGCUACGCGUGACAGCCAACGAACCGAGGACAGACGGACAAGAUCUGGAGCGCAUUCGGCCAACCGCGAAGAGCAAGCUUUUGCAAGCGGUUUUCUUUGGCAAUACCCCGGACAGCUUAUUCGACGUCUCAGCCAAACCCGAGCUGACUUUUGAGCAAGAGGAGGUGGAAAAGGCAGCCUUUGAGAUUAGCCAAGAUGUCGUCAACUCUGAUUCAGAGUACAUACCUGUGUUCACGGCGUCUCAGGCCCAGCAGUUGGGUAUACGAGCCAAGGCAUUGGCAGAUCUGGCCUCGCAUCUCAAGAGGAACUACCCACCUCUGAAUCGGACGACUAAAUGGCACUUGCUCUGGAAUGCUGAGAAGAUCGCAGCCGGCCAAGGCAUCUGGGAGUACUACGAAGCUCGGACGAAAUUGAAGGAUGUCAAUCAAAGACCUUUGCUUGUUGAGCUGAUCGAAAUGCUCAACGAACGCUUAAAGACCGGUUUAAGACCUGAGCUCGGCGAGUUGGACGAAGUUCGCCAGUGGUUUGUGAAGGACAUCUCCAAGAUAACCAUGAUGAUCCCAUGGGCUCAGCUCAGCAUCAAAGAAGUCUACAAAGAAGGUCAAAGGGAUGCUGACUCGCUGCUACUGCUGGUCAACGAAGCUGACCAACUCUUCCUCUGCGCACUGGAAAGAGCCUUCAUCUUCCGCAGAGAUCAUCUCUUCGAAUAUGGCCUGGAAUCCGAAGAAUUGGACUACAACAUCUUGACCAGUGGGUAUGAGACCCUGCCACUGCCGUGGACUUCGUCUCCCAACAUUGUCAACUCUGUGCGACAGCUUGUGGACAUCGCAAGAGAAAUGGUUUUCCAGCUCGCAGAGCAACACCGCCAUAUCGAGGAGCAUGCUAUAGCGAAACAAGUCGCGGCAGACAACCCCAGAUUGGUGAAACUGUGCUGUCAGGUGCACAUGGAACGUUACCGCUGGUGCCUUGCUCAACCGGACGAGAAGACGCGUGCGACUGGUGUUAGUUUACGGCAGGAGUUCGACGAGAACGUGCGUCCAAAGCAAGUCACGGCGCUUGCCAAGAUUGGCAUGGCUGAGAGCGGUAUGGUAAUUGCCGAAAGGCUCAAGGACAUGCCUACUCUGGUAGAGCUUGUUUGGGACGAACUCAGAUUUCUCGAGGAUGAAGUGGCUGCCGAGGACACCGACGAGGCAAUCCAGGUCAGGGGGAUGUACGUGAAGCUGGAAGAACGCAUUCACAGCUAUUUCGACAAGUUUGGACAAGCCUGGGCAGAUGCCCUCUUCGAGAGCCAUGUCAGAAUGGGCAAGUCGGCAAUGAUGAUCGACAAAAGAUCCGUCGGUCAAGAUUUGCUCACAAAGUUCUUGCGAGCUGACCUUUCACGCGCAAAGAUGAGCUGGAUCAACGAUGUCCUUGGAGAGAAAGACUUCGCUGCUGCUAGCGCAGCUCUGAUGCAAGUUGGUACGAAACAGGAAACCAGGGAUUGGAGCAAAAAGGUCGAAAUGUCUCUUGCUAAGCUUUCCCUGAUGGCUGCGGAAGCCGACGGUGAGCCACUCGCAAAGUCAGACGCACAAAAGGCGCAAUGUGACAACGAGCUGCUGCUUCUUGAUCUACAAGAGAAAACGUACAAGCACAUCAAGCCAGCAAUCGACGCAGCACUGGACGACGAGACCGCCAUCGACUUGGUCAUGCAGGAUUUCGGCCGUGACACAACAGACAACCAGCCAGCUUUGCAGCAAUUGUUGAAACAUGGCUUCGAGCGACUCAUCGCUCAUCAGGUUCUCGAGCCCGGGCUGCUCAUCGAUGUGCUUACGCUGAUGAACCACGAACGGGCUGUGGUGGAAGCCGACAACAUCAGCGGUCAACAAUUCUUCCUGGCGCUUCAGGCUCUGGUCGUUUCGGAGAAGCUAAUGGAUGCGGUGACGUGGGAAGGCUGCUUGAAGCUAGCGUGGAAGAGGGCCUUCUUGAUGGACGAGUGGGCAGCCUUGAACAACACGACGGGCUUGGCAGACGAGCAGGUGCAAGAGCGGUUGGAGAGCACUGUUCUGUUCGAGACGCUCAGAGAAGGCUACAGGACGGCAGGGCUUUGGGACAAAUAUCCCAAUCUCCGCCAGCUGGCGCCGCAAGAAGUCAUGGACGCAGGCUGCCGGGCAGCAGAGCUCGAAUCGAGGUUCCCGUCGGAAGACUUGCGCGAUCCGAUCAUCAAGGACAACAUCAAGGAUGAUGACGCUCUCCAGGUGUACAUCUCGCAUCAGCGCGUGGGACACUGGUUUGUGCAGGUGCGCGAGCUGGCCAAGCAACGGGUGCAGGAGGAGGCAGAGGGGACGAGGCAGGCGCGGGCCGAGCUGGCGCAGCAGCAGCAGGCCCAAGGGGAGGAGCUGCAUCACCCACGGCGGGAAUUAAACGGGAUCAUCGAGGAGGAAGACUCGGACGCGGUGAUGCAAGCGUCGGUCGGGGGAUUUGAGGGAGAUGACGAGCAAAGCGAGGAGGUGGACGGCGGCGAGGCGAUGGAGGAAUAG